AAAAACUACCAAACCAAAUUUUCUUUUUGAAGACUUCCCUUCGGCAUGCUCUCCCUCGGAACUCAGUCGAAAAUGACAAUGGCAAAUAUAUCACCGGAUCAGUCAAUCUACAGCAAAUACCUCAACGAAACGAACAAGAAAGAAAAAUCGAAGGGACCACUUGGGUGGAUACUUGAUGUUGUUGCUUUGAACACUCAUCCGCUCCAGGGACAGGCUUGGAGUGCGUUUAGUGAAGUCACAACAGUUAGUGAUGCGGUCCCUCAAAUGCAAAAUUUCCAGCAAAUGUUUUUGGUCCUUAAGGAAUCAAAUCUGCACAGCCGGAUUGAAGGUGGUUGUGGUUUGCAGAUCUUUGUCAAAACUCUCUCAGGGAGAACCUCAUUCACACUGGAAGUUGAAAGGUCCGACACCGUUGACAGUGUCAAGGAAAAGAUACAUGACAAGGUAGGAAUUUCUCCAGAUCAUCUCAGUUUAACAUUUUCCGGGGAGCUGCUCAUUGCUAGCCGCACCUUGGAUUACUACGACAUCCAUGAUAAAUCAACUCUGACGUUGAUUAGACAUGAUGCCAAGAUCACUGUCAAAAUUCAGCAACUGAAAAGGUUCGAUUUCGAGUUUGAAAUCUCGGACACCGUUGAUAGUGUGAAGGCAAAGAUACAUGCCAAGACAGGCAUUCCUCCUCACCAGCAAAAACUAUCCUACAAAGAUGAACUGCUUACGGGUGGCCGUACCUUGGCUGGUGAAAGCGCCGGCGUCCGCGGGGAACUAACUAUGCACGAACAUCUUAGACGUGCUGGUGAUAUGCAUAUUUCAGUCAAAUUUCUGAAACAGAGAACCUUCACCUUCUAUAACUCUGACAGCAUUGACAAUGUCAAGGCAAAGAUACAGGACGAGGUAGGAAUACCUGUAGACCAGCAAACUCUAAUCUUUAAAGAAUGUGAAUUGCUCGAGGGUGGCCGCACCUUGGAUGAUUACCAAAUCCGGAUGGACUCAACCCUGGACCUUAGAGAUGGUAGCAUGCAGAUCUAUGUCAAAACACUGACAGGUAAAGUCUUUCCCCUCUCUGUUGAAAGCUCGAAAUCCAUUUAUGAUGUCAUGGACAAGAUACGUGACGUGGAAGGAACUCCUCCAUCACAGCAAAGGUUAAUCUUUAAUGGUCAACAGCUAGAGCAUGGCCGCACCUUAGCUUAUUACAACGUUCAGAAGGAAUCAACUCUGAACAUGGUACUUCGGCUCAUAGGUGGUGCUCGUGUAACCAUCGCUAUAGAGCCAUUGUUGGGGAGAACCCUGAUCCUCAGGAUUGAAAACGCUACUAAUCCAAUUACGGAUAUUACACUCCCUUCACCGGCUCUCCCUUGUGAAGACCACACUUCGUCUACAUGGUUGGAAUAUUUGUUGUCAUUUCUGAUCACCAUUAAAGGCUAUUAUGAAAAGUGGGGUUUCCGACUCUCAUGGGUUUUUUUCAGUCGGACUCGGAGGUAGCACAUUCAGUUUCUGUUUUCUUGUUGUCCUCUCUCAAUAUAACGAGCCUUUAAUGUGUGUGUGUGUGUGAUUUUAUAAUCUUUCACUGUUAAAUGGAUGACAAUAAUGUUUGAAAAAAAAAUGAAUGACAA